UUACCAACACUCUGUAACAAUUGCCGCCUGAAAAGACGAAAUUCGCAUUAAUAAACAUUAAAUUAUGCCCGAACAAGUUGAAUCAAGUCCCAAACUUAAUGUAAGCAGUGAGAUUAAGUCUCCCACUUAUGAUUUAACUAAGUUUUGUCUAAAACGCAUACUUAACAACAACAGUAAAUUUAAGAGCAUAACAUUGCUGGGCACUUUUCCGGAUUUGUCCGAAACCGAUGCCGCAAUUGUUGUUUUCGAGAAAAAUGCCUAUCGCGAAAGCGAUGUAGCAACUGAAGUGCCCGCUGAGAAGGAGUCCGAGUCGGAGAAAAAGCCAAGCUACUUUAGCAGCGACCUGAAAGUUCGCACCGAUUUUGUGAAUAAUAUUUACGCGAGUUUCCAAUGUGUUCCCACUCAGGAGUUGUGUGCCGUGAAGAGCACCGUGGUAUAUCCGGCGACCGAGAAGCACAUCCAGAAAUAUUCCAUAUGCCAGAAGUACCUCAUUAUUGAAACACCAGAUCUCUAUGAAUCCAUCACGCUUCCCUACCUCAGCUCAAGUCAGUUCUCAUUGGAUUGGGUGUACAAUAUUCUGGAGCACAAACAAGAAACGGAACGCAUUGUUUUCGAAGACAAGGAUUCCGAAAAUGGCUUCAUUCUAGUUCCCGAUCUCAAGUGGGACGGCCGCAACGUGGAGAACCUUUACUUGCUGGGGAUAGUACAAAAGCGCGAUAUAAAAUCGUUGCGUGAUCUUAAUGCCAGCCACUUGCCGUUGCUGCGUAAUUUUCAGCAGUCGGCCAAGCAGGCGAUACUCAAGCGUUACGGCUUGAAUCCCAACCAGCUGCGCAUGUACUUCCAUUAUCAGCCAUCAUUUUAUCAUCUACAUGUGCACAUCAACCCGAUUAGGAAUGAUGCGCCCGGCAUCUGGUGCGAGAAGUCCCAUAUGCUGGACACGGUGAUUAACAACUUGGAGCUGGUGCCCGAUUACUAUCAGCGUGCCACUCUGCCGUUUGUUUCGUAUGAGGGCAAUAAGUUGUUGGAUUUGUAUGAUGAGCGUUUGGGAGUGCGCAAAGCAGCAUCCAAGGAUGAAAAGGAUUCCGACCAGGCACCCGAACCAUUUACGGACGAUGAACAGGAAGAGACGCGUCAAUGCAAACGCAUUAAGCUGAGCGCACCGGAGGAGUCCACCGAGGCCGAACUCGUUGCAACGCCGUGUGCCUAAUUAUUAUUAUGGAAUAAAUUUUCUCUGUAAUAAAAAUAAAUGAGGCAUAAAUGCAUAAUGCAUCACA